AUGAAUCUCACAGCGGGUGCCCAGUCUCCGUCGCAAUCUCCCAGUGCCGACACCCAGACAUCCACCCCCAGGAGCCGCAGAAGUGAUUCCCAACGGGCUUCGGCCGCCAAUCGCAAAAAGUCGGCUGAGAUCGCCGACACGAAAGCGAGGAGGGUUCGCACGGGCUGUUUGACUUGUCGCGAGCGGCAUCUGAAGUGCGAUGAAACCCUGGGGCGAUGUCUGAAUUGUCGCAAGUCGGAUAGAAUCUGCAGGCGCGGGGUGCGUCUCAAUUUCAUCGAUAUUCAAACAGUCGCACCCCCGCAUAUCAUCGAUCAUCCCCACGGGGCACAGGUGACAUUUCGAGAUGACUCGCGACAUAUUGCAUCCGAGUAUGUGGGCGGAUUUGAACGAUACCCACCCCCGCAGCCGGAGAGCCCAGUUGAAAAAACCAGACAGCUUGAUUAUGACAAUUUUGAGAUCAUCGGUCCUGAUUACUUGACGAAUCUCUUUCAAACUGCUGCCCAUUCUCUUGACCCAUUGAGUUUUGACCUACCUCACUCGACGACACCAGACCUCUUGGCUGGGGUGGAUACCUGGCAUCAGCAUCACCUGAUUCCCGGUGACGAGCUGCUUCCACAAGGGACUUCUAACUUCGCCCGCAAGCUGGCAAGGAAGCAUGAUGACCACCUGUGCUUGACCGAUUCAGACCAGGUGAUCUUUUUGCAAGCUUUUGUUGAGAAAGUAGGUCCCUGGAUGGAUGCGAUGGACGAGUCAAAUCAUUUCACGCACAUCCUUCCUCUCCACGCCAGUAACGAGGCCAUGCUGCUCAAGGCUUUUCUAGCAUGUGGGGCUCGACAUCUUUCUUUGGUCGAUCUUGCAUAUGAAGACAAAGCUAUACAUCUCUUCGAGGCAACUACCCACGAUCUUUUGGUCUCUAUGCAGGACCCUAACCGCGACUCUGUUUUAUGUGCAACCACGGCACUUAUUCUCGGUGUUUAUGAGAUCAUGUCGCAAUCAGCACAGCAAACAAACCACAUUGCGGGCUCGAGGGCGCUAAUUCGAGAAUGUGGCUGGACAGCCUCAACCCCCGGCCUCGGCAGUGCAAUUUUCUGGAUCAGUAUACGCAUGGAGCUGCUUGAUUGUCUAUAUCAUAAAUGGGCAUUGUCCUGGGAUCCGGAUACGUGGGGGGUCAACAUGGAUCUAAGCCAAGUGGCCCCUGUCGGCAUGACAGAAGAGGAUCUGUGGUCCCAUCGCAUUCUGUACAUCUGUGCAAAAAUUGCCAAUUUUCGGAUCUCUGUGGACCAGUCACAAACUCUGGAUGAUCAGCCUUCUCGUACCCACGAGCAAUUCCAGGAGUGGAGUUUGUAUAACGACUGGUGUGAUAGGUGGGACAAGAAUGUUCCGCGGUCAAUGAUGCCUCUCAGCCACCUACAUCCAUGGCAGACCAACUCUCAAUCUGUGUUCCCGCAGAUCUGGCUCGUCAAACCAUCAGGGAUCCUAGCUCGAGUGCUCUACCACACUGCACGUAUCCUCUUGGCCCGGGCACACCCUCUGGAAUCCGAAUUCCGUAGCGAGACGCGGAAUAUGCAAACCACCAACGCUUAUGAGGUCUUCGGUCUCGUCACUCGACUCAAGGAUCGGAAUGUGGCGAGUGUCCUAACCCGCUGUCUGGCCAUUGCAGCAGAAUCCUUGGACACGCGCGAAGCGCAAGAAGAGGCUCUUGGCGUGCUCGACAAAAUCAGCACAGAAACACGCUGGGAAUCUGGGUCCGUUAAAGACGGACUUAAGCAGACCUGGGGCUGGGGGCUUUCGCCUCCGCAUACUUUGGCCCCAGCACAAAUGCACAAUCACUUUGCGCCGGACCCAGCAACUUCAAUCUCAGAAGGUCCUGAAGUUUCCACAGGAACUGACAACCUGCUUCUCAUUACGGGGGACUUCUCGGCUGAAAACCAUCCCUAUCAGGGUUACUACGUUGCGCCACAGCAUCAUGUACUUCAUCAGUAUGAUGGAUACUUGAUGUAA